AAGAAGAAUUCAAAUUUAAAGAAAAUUGUAAUAAGACGUCCCUGCAAUGAUUUUUGUGGUUAGCCGCUGCGCAUGCGCAACUACCUAACUAUGCUGCAUGCAGUUGCACGCUACACUGAAAAAGUGUCCGGUGUCUUUCGUUAUCCUCGGAGAUAGUCAGACGUAAGAGCUAUGACGAAGCUAUGUACCUAUAGGAAUUACUUUGUACCUAUUUUUUUAUUUUCCUAUGCAUGUCAGAAUUUUCGUGGAGGAUGAUCAAAAAUAUAAGACACAAUUUGUACAUAAAUUAUAAUACAAAAUUAUUGAUUAUUUGAUUUAUGUUAAUGAGCUCCUAAUUUGGCAUUACUAUAUUAGUCGGAAAGUCACGUUUUGCUUAGCUUGUCAUUUGGCGUAUCCAUUUCUGUUGACAAAUUUGUAAUUGACGUUACAAACAUAGUAAGAUGGCGGCAAGUAUCGGUAGAAAAAAGUUGUAGAUAACUGAAAUUUCCAAGUUGAUGGCUUCUAAACAAGUCUUUGUAAAGGAAGAACAAGUACUUAAAUUGAUUUUGAAGUUUCUUCACUCAAGGAAGUACUUCAAAUCAGCGAGGGCUCUUGAGAAGGAAACAGGAGCUGCUAGCUCUUUGUACGCGGAAAAUGUCAAGUUUUUUCGCGAUCUUGUUCUUGAUGGUGAGUGGGAUGCUGUGAGAGAAUUUGCUGAGCCACUGGCUGAUAUUCCAUCUUUUGACUAUCGUAAAUUUCAAUUUCUUGUAGCCAAACAGGAAUACUUGGAAAUAUUAUUUGAAAAAGAAAUAGAUAGCUUGAAAAAUAACAAACAAAAUUUCCGCGAGCGCCUUUUGUACAGCAUACAAAAUUUACAAAAGUACUGCAUGCAUAAAGAAGAAUAUAAUAAACUGUAUUGGUAUCUCUCUGCUCCAAGUUUGCAUUCUGAACCAGAAUUUCUUAACUGGAGUGUUGAUUCGUCAAGGAUGAGACUGUUUGAAGAGAUGUUGUCACUCUUAAAAUUGUUUAUUCCUGUAACUGAAAUCAAUUCCUCGGGGGAGGAAUUGAUUUUAGAAGACCGUCUUUUGAUUUUGAUCAUUGAAGGGUCCUUGUAUGAAAAUUGUAUUGAACAUUGUCAAAAACAAGCAGUGGGCAAUAUAUCCAAAUCAAAUAUUUCUGAUGUUAAAGUCAAUCUUUUCCAAAAGCAUUCAUUGAACAACAUUGCCAACUUUUAUUCAUGGUUUCACAGUCUAUUAAAGGAGAGUUUUGUUACUCCAUUUGAAGAGUUGAAAUUCUGCUUGCAGUUUGAAAACUUAAAACCAAAAAAUGUUGCAAUGGAUUCAGUAAAUCACUCUCUCAGUAGAAGUUUAAUUAUUGAUGGAGAAAUUCCAGCAAGCAGUUUCUCUCAAAAAGGAAAUCGAAAACUAUUUUCAGAUUUACCAAUUGACAAACCUUCAGAUUUCAAUGUUUCAAACUCUUGUGCUGAGUUUAAUUUGCCUAUUAAAAACAGUUCAAAAAUAUUAGACAAUGGCUUGCAAGAAAAAGUGGAUGUUUUUACUGAAAAUGAAAAGAAUCGUGAAUGUCAUCAGCACUUCCAUAAACCUAACCAGUCUACAAGAAAAACAUUAGUUGAACAGCAAGAUUUAGUUGUGCAACAACUGGAGGAACACAGGAAAAGACACCAGAAACUUUAUGAACAACUUGCAGAAAGUGCGAAUAUACUAAAGAAGGAUAAUAUGAAAACCUCUGAUUUUCCAAAUAAGUCAUCGAAGACAGCAGACAUGAAAGAUGUGACAAAGAGUAUUGAAAGCUUAAAGCUUCUGACAGAGAGUAAUCAAAAGACAAAUCUACUUGUCAAUGGCUCAGAUAAUGAGCAAGGAAACACAAUGUUUGUAAGGAAAAGCUCAUCAUCCAGUCCAGGAUCAGCAACAUUUCCUAAAACACCAAUAAAUCAAUGCUUACCCCCAGGAUUGGUAAAGCUUACUGAUGGUUCUGGAACAUUCAACACAAGCACACCAAAAGCACAACGUCAGUCGUUUACGUCACCAUUACCUACGUCACCUGUUCAAUCAGAAAAGAAACUUUUAAAAGAUGGUCUUUCACAGUCAGGAGAGUCACAACAACAGAAAACAAGACAAAACAAUCUACGUGAUCAAACUAGAUUUACUUUUGAAAAAGAUAUGCAAACGCCAAAAGCAUCCGUUGUGGAAAAGCCACAUCAUAGAACAUCGUCAUUAUUGAAUCCUGACGAUAGAAAAUCUACUGUGAGAAUUAAAUUGGAUGAUCGGAUGAACGUUGAAGAAACGUACCUAGGAGUUAGAGAAAGACCUGAGAUUUCUGAACUGAAAAAUAGGAUGGGAAAUGAAGUAGGGGAAAAUCAUGGCAACGACAGUGAAAGCAAUUAUAAUUUUGCCCAAAAAGAUGGUGAAAAUAAAGAAAGAACGACAAGACGUUCAGAGAUUCCACUUAAUGACUUCUCUAAAGAAGAAAUGACUUAUCGACGUGAUUUAAAAGUCGCCCGCAAAUCUUCAUCAAACACUUCAAGUUACGAGGAAUUAAAUGUCACUGAAACUCGAAGGAAUUUUCAAAAUUUGACUUCGCCUUCCGUAAAUUUUAAUCAAGUUGCAAAACUGUGCGAUACCCAAGCCAUAAGAGCAGUUGCAUUUCAUCCAAAUGGUCAAUACGUUGCCAUAGGAACAAACUCUAAAACAUUAAAGAUAUGUCGUUGGGUAAAAGUGUCAGAGAGAAAAGGCGAACAGACGGAACUAGACGUUUUAUGUCAGAAAACAUCAAUACACUCGGGUUCUGUUUACUGUGUGGCAUUUAGUGCUAACGGGGAAAUGAUUGCAACUGGUUCGAACGAUAAAACCAUCAAAUUGCUGAGGUUUGAUCAAAAUGUAAGUCCAGUGCGUCUUAAAGAUCAGAUGGAACUGACAAUGCAUCAUGGCACUGUUCGAGAUUUAGUAUUCAUUCCAGGUGGGGCUCCAAUCCUCGCGUCAGGUGGAGCAGGUGAUUGCUUCAUACAUCUAACAGAUUGUUAUACUGGACAAACAUUUUCAUCUCUACAAGGUCAUGCUGGGAACAUUAUGACCGUUUACUCGAAUGACCAUGUUCAUUUACUAUGCUCCGGCUCUGCAGACAAGACUGUAAGAUUGUGGGAUUUGAGAAUGGCGAAAUCUGUGGAUCUUAUAUCUGCGAGUAGUUGUGUAACAUCAGUUUGUUUCAAUCAUAGUCAAGAUUGUAUCCUCGCUUCAGCGGAUGAAAAUGGCCAAUGUUUGUUGUACGAUGUUAAUACAAGAAAAAUUAUUUCAUCUUUUCACCCUCAUGAAGUUGAUUGUAGACUGAAGUGGACAUCCUUUUGGUUGAUCGUUUACGGAAUAAAAUCCAGUUUUUCGAGCAAAUUUGCUGACUCGUUUAUUUUUCCAUCCACUGGUAUUGCAUCUCCUUUUAGCAAUAUAUAGUUGGUAAAAAUUGUGUUAUCGUGAGCCAUAUUUGUGAGAUUAUCAAGACUUUUCCAUUUCAUUGGCAAUACUGAUGAAUUUGGAGAGAUUCCCUCGGUCUUCAGGUUAUCCUCUUUUAUCUCCGUAGAAUUAUAUCUCUCCGUGUUACAAAAUUCAGAAUUUUUCCUCAUGUUAUUAACACUAUCUGCAGUAAGGUUUUUUUCACUCUCCCAUACAAAUGACCUUGGUUUGUGUAAUAGUCCUGUAUUUCUUUCAUCGGAGUCAUCAAAUGUUGAAUUAUCUUCAUCAUGUAACACUUCAUGCCAUCCAUCGACUUGAUCACCUGUGAUGAACAGAAAAUUAUAAUUAUUUAGUUGUUUACAAGGACGUAAGAUAUGUGAGGAAGGUUAGUCAAAGGACACACCAAAAAUCUCAGCAGUGUUUCCUGUUCCGUUACCUGAUCGUCUUUUCUGUUGCAUUAACCCUGUACGUUUAUGCAGUUGAUAUUUCGCUUCGAGGCUUUUAAUCUUAUUCCUGGCGUCUUGCAGCCGUCUAGCGUGUUCAUCAAGAAAAUCAUCUUGAAGAAUUUUUUCUAUUUCUUCAUGACGAACUUGUUGUUGUUCACGUAGUAAUUUCAUAUCGUUGAUACUUUGACUUAGGAAACGCAUUCUUUGAAGACUGGUAUUGGAUAAGAACGAACUGUCGUGUUCUAAAAAUGAAACAAAUCCUUGCAAAGAAAUAUUUAGAUCACUACCAUCAGACUUCUCCAGGUUUACCUUUCUCAGUAACAGAAGCUUCAAGCAUGGAAUCAUCCAUUUCAGGUGUUCUUUUGGGCCCCAAAAAACUGACAGAGUCAGUGUUGCUUCUGUUCACCGCUUGUUCUUCACGAUGGGAUUCCAUGGUUGCCACAAUAAAACUUUAUCACUAUGCAAGAAUUUCAAACUAAUCCUUUUUAAGUACGUUUUUCUUUAGUUAUACAAAAUAUUGCGUAUCUGCUAACCCAAUUAAAAGUCAAUCAUAGACUCGAACCAGUCUUUUCUUGUACUGCAUAUGUUCUAUAUCGUGAAAGAGCAUUUGUCAUCAAGAACAUAAUGGUUUAACAGCUUCCGUGUAAAAUUAGUAUUCCUUCCUAAUAUUUAUUAUAGACACUGUCAAUUUGCCAUCACGGCUUGUGUUAUACAUGAAAUAAAUUACUUUCUGUUGCUUUAUUUCCUACAAAAAUAAUAGCUUAAAA